AAGCAGGGAGCAAUACAGUUUUUGACCGUGUGUACCUUGUUCUGUUGAAAAGAGGAAAAGGAUAUUGUAAAGAUGAAUUUGGAUCUUCAUUUUUUGCAUUUGCACCUUUUCUUGAUAAAGAUUUUUUAGUUAACACAACACAGUCUGACCGUCAACUGCCUGACACAAAGCUCAAACAGCUAUAACGCAAAAGUCUGUGGGACACGAUGGCAGUUUCCAGUGUACUUCUGAGUUUGGCUGCUCAGGCUCUGAUGUUUCUGCUCCUUCUGCUGAUCAUUGUGUUUCUCGGCUACUGCUUGUACAUUAAAUACAUUCAUAUGAAGUAUGACCACAUACCCGGGCCGCCAAGAGACAGUUUUUUCUUCGGACACUCAGCAUCGCUUGUGAAGAUGUUGGAAAAUGACGGAAAUGUACACGACAAAUUUCUGGAGUGGGCCAAGAAGUAUGGACCUGUCUACAGGUUAAAUGUGCUUCAUUACAUCAUAGUGUGUACAUACUGUCCAGAGACCACCAAGGAAAUCCUGAUGUCACCAAAGUACCCCAAAGAGAAAUUAGCCUACGAGAAACUUUUCAACCUGUUUGGUCAGAGGUUUUUUGGCAAUGGUCUGAUAACAGCACGUGAUCAUGAGCAGUGGUACAAACAGCGCCGUAUCAUGGACCCUGCCUUCAGCAGCCUGUAUCUGAGAGGUCUAAUGGGAACCUUCAAUGAGAGGGCAGAGAAACUGAUGGAUAAACUCGCAGAGGUUGCUGAGAGUAAAACAGAAGCUAAUAUGCUCCACCUGGUCAACUGUGUUACCCUGGAUGUUAUUAGUAAGGUCGCCUUUGGGGUGGACUUGGACCUCCUGAAUAAUAGCUCACCUUUCCCUAAAGCCAUUGAGACAUGUCUGAGAGGAAUGGUUUACUAUGUCAGAGACAUGUUUUUUGAGUUCAAACCCAAGAACAGAGCAUUUGUUAAUAAGGUGAGGGAAGCGGCCCGUCUGCUGCGCACAACUGGAGCGAAGUGGAUCAGUGAGAGAAAGACCGCCAUACAAAACGGUGACGAGGUCCCCAAAGACAUCCUGACACAGAUCAUCAAAUCUGCCAGCCAAGAGGAAAGCAUGACUGAAGAAGACGAGGAAUUUAUGUUGGACAAUUUUGUGACAUUCUUUAUUGCAGGGCAAGAAACAACAGCUAAUAAACUGGGUUUUUGCAUCAUGGAGCUUGGAAGACAUCCUGAAAUCCUGGAGAAAGCAAGGAAAGAGGUGGAUGAUGUCAUUGGGAUGAAACGUGACAUAAGCUAUGACGACUUAGGAGAACUGGUCUAUCUGUCGCAGGUGCUGAAAGAGACUCUGAGAAUUUACCCCACAGCUCCGGGCACAUCUCGUGAUGUAGCUGAAGACAUGGUCAUUGAUGGUAUCCACAUCCCUGGGGGAUUCAGUGUUUUUAUGUUCAGCUCCUAUGUGUGUGGGAGGCUGGACAGAUUCUUCAAGGAUCCACUGAAAUUUGAUCCAGACAGAUUUCACCCAGAUGCUCCCAAGCCUUAUUACUGCUACUACCCUUUUGCCCUCGGUCCUCGCUCGUGCCUGGGACAGAACUUUGCUCAGAUGGAGGCUAAAGUGGUGCUGGCCAAACUGCUGCAGAGGUUUGAUUUCACUCUUGUCCCGGGGCAGUCCUUUGACAUCCUGGAUGCUGGCACGCUCAGACCAAAAAGUGGAGUGGUGUGCACGUUGAGCCACAGGGAUCACAAAGAAUAAAAGGCCUUAAAGUACAUAAAAAAAAAAGCCAUAGUGGUCUAUAGGGUAAAACUUGGCUUAUCUGUACUACUGCCUCAAACCUGUGAUUGAAAAAGUCUUUAUAAGGAAACAUUAUUAAGCAUGAAGUAUACAGUAUAGUCAUAUGAAAUUAAUGCAACGAUUAUUUCUUUAUUUGCAAUGGUAAUAUAGGAGCAAUUUGAGGAGGGCUGGGUUUAAUGCCAUUCAUAUAAUCUUUCACAAAUGUAUCUCUGUGUAAUGACUUUAUUAUAACCAGCGAGGUACACAACUUUUGCUGCAUAUAACACUAAUAUGUAAAUGCUGAAUGUGAACGUUGAUUUGUUUGCUGAGCACUAAUUUCACAUGUACACAUGAGGCCACUGAGAGCUUGAUGGGAAGUUUGUCUUUAAUCUUAGUUUUGCCUCGUAGGUCAUAUCAUAUGCAGUGAUGGCACUUUUGAGACUGACUUCUCACCGUGCAUUACCAGUACAGUCAUGGUUAAAAGUUCCUGGAUCAUGAAGUCACUGAUGCCAUUGAGCGAUGCCUUCAAGUUUCCCAGACCUGAAUCCAGCUGAGAACCUCUGGGAGCUUCUGCUUCAGUGCAUCUAAAUAGCACCACAGAUCAGAUCAGAGCAUCAUUGAGCUCCUGGACAAAGGUUAUAUCUAAAAUAAAGAAAUGAGCUGUUUUGCAGAUAUAUUUAUGACUUUGUUAUUAGACCUCUACUCUGUGUUCUGUAUUAUAGUAAAUCACAACCUGUUUGGCCACUUAAAAUAGCUUCAUAGGACAUUGUCAUUUUUCUUGCAAUUCGUCCUGCCUUGUUGUGCAGAUUGAAAAAGAAAAUUUUUGAUGUAAAUGAGAUUUUUUUAUA